AGCUUCAUCCGUCUGAAGUCAUUCACUGAAGAAGCGCUGUUAUUUCUUCCAGCGCGAGCAGACAAAUUCUUCAUUUUCCGGACUUAUAAGCAGCACGGGGAAGUGAACCGGUCCUUUAUUGACAUUCAAGUUUCAGACUUGUCUCUCAGUGGAAAGUGAAAACGGUAAUUUGCGUGUUUCUUUUUUUAGAGCGAGUGUGGUUUUUUUAUCACCUCUUAUCAUUGCCGGAAAUCCUCUCUCUCCACUGAGGGCAUCAAGAAAAAAGCGACAUAACGUUCCAUCGAUGUGCGUCGUUGGCAUCAUCUCAGCCCCUCGAGAAGUCUGUGGGAAAUAGGCGCUGAGGGGAAGGACCUGGGGAAAAGAGGACAGCAGAGGAUGAGUGUGGAGUUAAGAGAGAUGACUGCUCCAUCUCAAGUUGAAUAAACCGGAGUCUUUUUUUUCGGCUGUUUGAGCUGAGCAGGUGUGAAGGAGCUGCCUGCGCUGCUUCGAGAGUCUGGUGGCUGUUUGUGAAAGUGUUGGAGGUGAGAGGCUGAGCUCGGUGGUUUGCCAGGCUGCAGCUAUGGUCCUUGAGGCGAGGCUUCCUCCCUCCUCAUCAGUGACCUCGCCCUUUGUCUCACCAUGCUGAAAGACCCCGUCGCCACCUCCUGCUACAUCGUCCUGGAUUUGCUGAUUGCUGUGUUCUCCGUGCUGGGCAAUGUGCUGGUCUGCUGGGCCGUGUGCCUCAACAGCAACCUGCAGACCAUCACCAACUUCUUCGUGGUGUCGCUGGCGGUGGCCGACAUCGCCGUUGGCGUCCUGGCCAUUCCCUUCGCCAUCGUCAUCAGCACCGGCUUCUGCUCCAAGUUCUACGGCUGCCUGUUCAUCGCCUGCUUCGUGCUGGUUCUCACACAGAGCUCCAUCUUCAGCCUGCUGGCCAUCGCUAUGGACCGCUACAUUGCAAUCAAGAUACCGCUCAGGUACACCAGCUUGGUGACAGGUCAGCGGGCUCAAGGCAUCAUCGCCAUCUGCUGGGUUUUAUCCAUCAUCAUCGGUCUGACCCCCAUGAUGGGCUGGCACAAGCUGACCAGCAACACCAACGUCACCUGCCCGCCUGGCCUGAUGGGGUGCCUGUUUGAGGAUGUGGUGUCCAUGGAGUAUAUGGUCUACUUCAACUUCUUUGCCUGCGUACUGAUUCCCCUGCUGCUGAUGUUAGCCAUCUACCUGUGUAUCUUCAUGGCCGCUCGCCACCAGCUCAAGCUGAUGGAGGUGAAAGCGGUCCAUGGGGAGAAGUCCCGCUCCACGCUGCAGAAAGAGGUCCAGGCUGCCAAGUCUCUGGCCAUCAUUGUCGGGCUGUUCGCAGUCUGCUGGCUGCCGUUGCACAUCAUCAACUGCUUCACCCUCUUCUGUCCUCAGUGUCAGCGUCCUCCAUCCUGGAUCAUGUAUGUGGCCAUCAUUCUUUCCCACGGCAACUCUGUGGUCAACCCCUUCAUCUACGCCUACCGCAUACGGGAGUUCCGACAAACCUUCCGCAAGAUCAUCCGCCGCCACAUCCUGGGCAAGCAGGAGCUGUUGGAGAGCGGCAGCGGUAAGCGCAGCUCAAUCAGACUCAAGCUAAACAGCCUGAGCGUUGACCUUUUCACUGAACAAAGCAGCAGCAGCAGUAGCUGUGAAAGCUCCUACCGCUGUCCAACUCACAUGUCUCCUGUAGGGGGCGGCUUGGUGGCAGUAUCCCGCCCCCCUCUGUCAUUCAUCAUCUCCCACUGUACUAAAAUAGGCCCUUGUCCACUGCAAACCCUCGGACACGCUCCAAUCCACAUAGGCCAUCGUCUGCAGGAUACGGAGCAGCAGCGCUGGAGUCCAGCAGACUGCGCCGGAACAGAAGUCGUGGAGGACAAGGACAAAGAGAACCUCGGCUCCGGCCAGGUCACCUUGCUGUUGAACAAGCAGAACACAAAGAGCUGCUAUAGUGAGCUGGCAAAGGUGUUGUGACGCGUGCACAUUCCCUGAUAGUCAAGAGCCUUGCAGUAACAUGCCAACGUCAGCUCAGCAGCGGCUCACAGACCAUUGGGAAAAGUUCUGAUCCGCAAUGGAAGUGGGAGCACUGUAAACAGAUAAUGGACAGCAAAUGAUUUAAAAUUCCUCGCCGUGAGAAACUCUCCAGUAUUUAAACACAAUGACUUGUUAAUUUAAACCAGACUAAAAGUCUAAGAGCACUGCUAGUAACCCAAAGAGGUUGUGUUGCUUCACCCCUCAUGACCACAAGUCGACUGAGCGACUGACACGUCUAUCUUUAAGAUGCAGGCACUUCACACAUCACAAACGGCUCCGCAUUAAAUUCAACAAACAAGAUUACUAAAUGCGUUUGCUUCGUCGUCACGAAUAUUUAGGGUUUUAAUACAAAUGCUCUUUGACUAGUGAAAUUGCAUGACCCACCAAAGCUUAGCCAAAAUGGAAAAGAAGUCACAGUAUUGACCCUCACUCUCUUUAAACUACUUGUUUAACUGCAGGUUGAAGUAAUAUACCAUACUAUGCAUGUAAAUAUGAUCCUGACAUUUGUGGUCUGAAUGGGCCUUUGGCUGAAGAAAAAUACUUAUUAAUACAUUAUUGGUACAUUUAGAAAAUGUUCAGGGAUGUGAAAUGUGGAUAUAAACGCACUCUGAUGGAUUUCUUCCUAUAACAUGCAUCACAAUGGGCAGAUGAUUAUUUCUUAUGCAGUAUUGCACCAUCAUGUGCACCAUUUUAAGAUUCAGUCCAUCCUGAGGACCUGCAUGGACCACAAACAGUGUCACCAACCUGCUUAGCAAAGUUCACGCUCAUUUAAACAUUUUUCACAUUCGGCCUGAUCCCUCCUCGCACAUUGUAAUCCAUCUUCAUGGCAUAGAUUAAUGUCCGUUCACACAUAAAAUGAACAAGUUCUGAUUGGUUUAAAAAACCAGAACAGCACUUUCACCAGUGACAGAUCGGUUCAUGUCACACAUGUUGAAAGGCAAGGGCCCCAAUGUUGGCAAUGCAAUGCUGAGAUGUAACCUCGUAUUUUUGUUUGCUCAGUGUGACAAUGUGACUUGACUUAUUUCAAUUAUAUUCAUGUAAAUGGUGACGUCUGUGAUUUGAUGAAUGUCUGGAAAUUGUUAUUUUUAUUAUUUUAGAUUUAGAUCAACUCAUGGAAGAAGUUCUGGUUUUCAUUGUCCUGAUGAAUGUGUCCUCAGUCCAGCGCAGCUGUUGCCUUCUUUGUAAUCACAAGCAGGCAAAGUCCUGUCUUUAAAGUUACUGCAAGGGACUUUCAUUUUGUGUUGAUUUUGGUGGUUCCUGUGGACAAAAAUGGUAGCUUUUGCAAGCACCAGAGUUCUUUUAGAAAACCUCUCAUUUUACUGUAGCAGGGUCUGACGGUCUGCUCCACUCAGUCCUGGUUUGGGCCCAGCAAUACGGCCUGGGUCUCCAGCAACGGGGUGUCGGUAUUGACUCCUAGCGGGGUAAGGGAGGCGAAGCUCUGCUCCUGGUCAGUAGAGGAGACGCUGCUGCCGGAUGCUGAGCUCUCCUCCUUCCGCCGGAGCUCCCGACUGCAGGUGGAAGGCAGAAGCGAAGCCGGGUCUGGGUCUUUCCACUAUGGACUGGUCGCUACUGGAGGCCCUGCUGGAAUCUGAGCUGGAGGAGUUUCUGGUGAACCAGCAUGAUUUUAUCUGAUUUUGCAUCAAAUCCGACCCUGUGUGACAGACGACAAGCAUCAAGAAUAACUACUGUAUACUGUAUAUAGAAUUAAUC